CCAUUCGGCAGGCAGAGUUGAAGCGCGUGCGUGCGGGCCGGUCACGUGUUGCAGGUGGGGAGGGCAGUUGCGAGUGUGAGCCGAAGUGACCUGAGAGCGGGGGGCAUUAUCUGCCCGGGCUGGGGCAGCACCGAGACCCCCGGAUCCAGCGGCCGCCGCGGAACCUCAGAACGACUGUCACACAGUGUGGCCCCCACAGGACAGCCUGCAGACAUGAAGGGUAGCCGAAUCGAGUUGGGAGACGUGACGCCGCAUAACAUAAAGCAGCUGAAGCGGUUGAACCAGGUGAUCUUUCCCGUGAGCUACAAUGACAAGUUCUACAAGGAUGUGUUGGAGGUCGGGGAGCUCGCUAAACUCGCAUAUUUCAACGACAUCGCAGUGGGUGCCGUGUGCUGCCGAGUCGACCAUUCGCAGAACCAGAAGCGGCUCUACAUCAUGACUCUAGGCUGUCUGGCUCCGUAUCGCAGGCUAGGAAUAGGAACAAAAAUGUUGAACCACGUCUUGAACAUUUGUGAAAAAGACGGCACCUUCGACAACAUCUAUCUGCACGUCCAGAUCAGCAACGAAUCCGCCAUAGACUUCUACAGAAAGUUUGGCUUUGAGAUCAUCGAAACCAAGAAAAAUUAUUACAAGAGGAUAGAGCCCGCGGACGCCCACGUUCUGCAGAAAAACCUGAAGGUCUCGUCUCCCGGCCAGAACACGGACGCGCAAAACUGAGAGGGAACCCCACAGACACUUCUCGCACUCGCUCGCCGCCAAAUCCGGGAAGAGACCCGUCGAGUUAACUCGCCCCGUACACUUCUAUCUCUUCUUCCUUCUCCACUUCCAAAAUACAAAUAAUAAAUAAAAUGAUACGCUUCUUGCGAGCGCCGUACGCCGUCUGUCACACACUCUGUCGGGCUGAACUCUGAAAUGUUUUCCCCAUUUGCGGAGAUCCUAAAAGUAAAAGGUGUUGGGAGGGGGAGGGGGGCGCCGUAUGGAUUUCUCUUAGCUUUUCGACAUGUUUUUCCUUUUGUUUGAGAGAGUUGAGUGGCUUCUAUUAGUCUGGAAUAGUCUUUAAAUAAAAUCAAAUUUCUUUUUAGCAUUCGCUUUCUAA